AUGGUUCGCCUUACCGCAUCCGCCAGGAAGAAGUUCAUAUGUUCCAAGAGCGUGAAAACACCGCAACGCUCAAUCAAGUACAAGCAGCCUGCAUAUCCCGAUGAUGAAGUGCUACACAUGGACCACAUCGCGCCCGUGGGACAGAAGCUCCUCUCCGCUGCUGUGGUCAUCACUGUGGCGAAGAGUCAUAUCUUGCGGGAUACGAGCAUUCUCUCGUUUUUGGACUGGUUCAGUGGACAGUCACAGGCCCCUGAUUUACGCUAUCUCGAAUUCUGCGGCGUCUAUCAAGAUCUUCUGUACGGCAGACAACUGGAUCACAUCACACUGCGUAGGCCCAAACUCGAGAUAGUCACCACGAACGCAGACCCCUUACCACAGGACGAUGAAGACACUCGAGAGGACGCAACCGACUCUGAAGAGGAGCGCCGCGUCGCAAGAAAGGCGCGCAAAACUCACAGGAAGACGAGAGACAUGAGGCGCCAGAUCCGAAAUCUCGGUAAACAGCGCUCUAUGAGCAUGAUCAUGGGUCGUGAAAUUUAUGGUUUCGAAAUGGGAAAAUCGUUCCGCGGCGAUUUGGAUUAUUCUGACGACGACGACGACGACGACGACGACGACGUUGAUCCACGGAAGAUGAAGCAGGAAUUGAAGAUGAUGGAAGAGGGCUUCGGCUUCGACGACUGA